CCAUCGUACAGUUAUGUUGUUGUGGGGGCAUUUUACGGACGCACACACUAAACAUCACAUCUACCUUCAAGCUUCCUCGAUAGGUCCGGGGACAACUAUCUGCAAGAAUGAAUGUAAACCAGGGGGGGACCGUGGGGAGUGAUCCAGUGAUACUGGCCACGGCUGGAUACGACCAUACAGUACGUUUUUGGCAGGCCCACAGCGGGAUCUGCACCAGGACGGUCCAGCAUCAAGACUCGCAGGUAAACUCACUUGAGGUGACACCAGAUAGGAGUAUGAUUGCAGCUGCAGGCUACCAACACAUCCGCAUGUAUGACCUGAACUCCAACAACCCAAACCCAGUGAUCACAUACGAUGGCGUCAGCAAAAACAUCACAUCAGUGGGCUUCCAUGAGGAUGGGCGCUGGAUGUACACCGGAGGGGAGGACUGCAUGGCUCGGAUCUGGGACCUAAGGUCCAGGAACCUGCAGUGUCAAAGGAUCUUCCAGGUCAAUGCACCCAUCAACUGUGUGUGCCUGCACCCUAACCAGGCAGAGCUGAUCGUAGGCGACCAGAGCGGCGUGAUCCACAUCUGGGAUCUGAAGACGGACCACAACGAGCAGUUGAUCCCCGAGCCCGACGUCGCCAUCAACUCUGUACACAUCGACCCGGACGCUAGCUACAUGGCAGCGGUCAACAGCUCGGGGAACUGCUACGUAUGGAACCUUGCAGGGGGCAUGGGAGACGAGGUCACUCAGCUCAUCCCCAAGACCAAGAUCCCGGCCCACAAGCGCUACUCGCUGCGCUGCAAGUUCAGCCCUGACUCCACCCUGUUGGCCACCUGCUCAGCAGACCAGACCUGCAAGAUCUGGAGAACGUCCAACUUCUCCCUGAUGACUGAGCUGAGCAUCAAGAGCAACAACCCAGGGGAGACCUCUAGGGGCUGGAUGUGGGACUGCGCCUUCUCUGGCGACUCCCAGUACAUCGUCACAGCCUCGUCAGACAACCUGGCGCGCCUGUGGUGCGUGGAGACCGGGGAGAUCAAGCGGGAAUACAGUGGGCACCAGAAGGCCGUGGUCUGCCUGGCCUUCAACGACAGCGUGCUGGGCUGAUGAAGAGGAGGAGAAGGACGGCGUCGAGCGAACGGAAAAGAAAAAACGAUUUUGGGCAGGAGAACAGAAGUGCGGAGAGGAAGAAGAACGAAUGAAUGAAUGGACGCCUGCCAGCAGAAGGGUUGGAACGAGGGACGGAAUCGACACGCAUGGGAACAUAUUGAUCGCUUGUUAACUUUGGUGGCGAUGAUCCGUGAGUUGGUAUUGAGACCGCGGGACUUCUUUGGAUCGGCGUUGACGAGCCAGACCACGGUGUGAUGAGCAUGAUCGGGACUCCAUCCCCACAGCAGCCAGAAGACGUUGAUGAUUUUGAUGAUGAAGAGGAGAUCAGGAGUGUCUGAAUGUCAGCCCUCCUUAUAAGUUAUUCCCAAACGCAUCCACCUGCUGUCUUUUAAAUGAUGUAACAUCUGGUAAUAAUAUUAAUAUUUUGCCCGUAUGAAUGAUUCCGAUGCAGCUCUCUCAUCUGCCAAUUUGGAAGAAUGAAAUUCUUGACACUUCCAUUCAUUUGCUAACUAGGUUUUUAACUUUUUGUGCCAAUCUUUCCAAAGGGCAUGUCCUUAUGGUGACAUCUUUUAGAAAUGAAGCAACCGGUAGCGAGCGGUCUGCAACACCACUGAGGGCGAAUUAAUACAAGCUUUGUUUUUAGAAAUGGGCCAUAUUUAAGACCACGUGAUUUGCAUUAUAUCCAGGAUGUUGGCUUGCCCGUGCCGUUGAAAUUGGUUAUGUCUUGUUUGUGUCUUAUGUAUAAAUGAUUUCAUUAUAUUCCCGGGCCAAUGUUUUAAUAUUUUGAAGACUGAUUUUCCCCAGUAAAGACUUGGGUCAGUCAUACGUCUUGCAAAA